CUUGCACAAAGUGGGAUGCCGUUUUCUGAAUUGUGUACUAGUACUCCCUUUGUGUUUUUUACCACUCCAAAGUUUUUGAUAUCACCACAUCUGCAAGUCACCGUCUGAUUUGUUAGGGUCACGUGAUCAAUGACGGCUUUGGUUAGCCAUGGCUGUCGUGUCAUGGAAGGAGAUUUUACUUUUGACUGGACUGGUGGUGGGAUGUUACUGGAACAGUCUGUCGUGUGGCUUCGUGUUUGAUGAUGUCUCAGCAAUCCUUGACAAUAAGGACUUGCGGCCCUUGACUCCUGUCCGCAACCUAUUCCUCAAUGACUUCUGGGGGACACCCAUGGCUGAGGAGCGCAGCCAUAAAUCUUACCGACCCUUGACCGUACUCACCUUCCGUCUGAACUACCUCUUCACUGAGCUGAGCGCCGCCUCCUACCAUCUUCUCAAUGUGGUCUUACACGCCGUAGUGUGUGUGCUUUUCCUGAGAGUGUGCCGUUUGUUCCUGGACAAAACCUCCAGCUUGGUCGCAGCAUUGUUGUUUGCUGUGCACCCCAUCCACACUGAAGCUGUCACAGGUGUGGUUGGCAGAGCUGAACUUCUUUCUUCAAUCUUCCUCCUGGCUGCUUUCCUGGCUUACACGAAAUCAACAGGGUCGGAUCACUCCAUCGUUUGGGCUCCCAUCGCUCUGACAGUCGUUCUAGUUGCUGCAGCAACACUAUGUAAGGAGCAGGGAAUCACCGUCGUAGGCAUCUGCUGCAUCCAUGAGGUUUUUGUUGCACAAGGGUUUACCUUGCCCAUGCUGUUGGACACACUGCGGCAGGUCCUGCAGGGUAAAGAUGGUUUCCCCUACGCCGUCCUGCAAACACUGCUGAAGCUCAUUGUCCUGGUUAUCAGCACCCUGCUGCUCGUCAUCAUCAGGGUCCAAGUCAUUCAGUCCCAGCUUCCUGUCUUCACCAGGUUUGAUAACCCAGCAGCAGUCAGCCCGACUCCCGGUAGACAACUCACAUUCAACUAUCUGCUCCCUGUGAACGCAUGGCUGCUGCUGAAUCCCUCCGAGCUCUGCUGCGACUGGACGAUGGGCACCAUCCCUCUGGUGGAGUCACCUCUCGACCACCGUAACAUAGCAACCCUGGUAUUUUACACUUUUCUGGGCCUGCUCGCUUACCACAGCUUGUGUUACAGGCACAGCUCUGCCAAGACCGUCAUCAUGGCUCUUUCUUUUAUCGUCCUGCCUUUUAUUCCUGCGUCCAACCUCUUCUUCCCUGUGGGUUUCGUUGUGGCAGAGAGGGUGCUUUACGUGCCCAGUAUGGGCUUCUGUGUUCUAGUUGCACAUGGAUUCAAGAUUGUUUCACAUAAAGGACACUUGAAGAAGAUGACCUGGUUGAUGAUUGGAGUGCUGCUAACUACACAUGCAGUGAAAACUUUCAACAGGAAUUGGGACUGGGAAUCAGAGUAUACUCUAUUCACUUCUGCACUGAAGGUUAACAAGAACAAUGCCAAGUUGUGGAAUAAUGUUGGCCAUGCUCUCGAGAACCAAAACAAUUAUGCGAAGGCCCUGCAGUAUUUCCUCCAGGCUACGCGUGUACAGCCAGAUGACAUCGGGGCGCACAUGAAUGUCGGAAGAACCUACAAGAAUUUGAACAAGUCCAAAGAGGCCGAAGAUGCCUACUUAGUUGCCAAAUCACUCAUGCCACAGGUUAUUCCCGGUAAGAAGUAUGCAACACGCGUGGCCCCCAACCAUCUGAACGUAUACAUAAACCUGGCCAAUCUGAUCAGGGCCAACGAAUCGCGGCUAGAAGAAGCCGACCAGCUCUACAGACAAGCAAUUAGCAUGAGACCAGACUUCAAACAAGCAUACAUCAGCAGAGGGGAGCUGUUGUUGAAGAUGAACAAGCUCACAGAGGCCCGAGACGCCUACCUCAGAGCUUUGGAGCUUGACCGCACCAACGCUGACCUGUGGUACAACCUGGCUAUUGUUUACAUUGAGAUGAAGGAGCCAUCAGAGGCCCUGAAGAACUUCAACCACGCCCUGGAGCUCAGCCCGCGCCACAAACUGGCCCUUUUCAACUCUGCACUUCUCAUGCAGGAGUCUGGUGAUUCCAAGUUCUGGCCUGAAGCCAACCGCCGUUUCCUAACAUAUGUGGAGGAGGAACCCGAAGAUGCCAACGGCUAUUUCAACCUCGGCAUGUUGGCCAUGGACGCCAAUGAAAACGCGGCAGCUGAGAGGUGGAUGCGCAAAGCCAUCGGUUUGCAGGCCGGCUUCCGCAGCGCCUUGUUUAACCUGGCGUUGCUUUACUCUCAGUCCAAACGGGAGAUCGAUGCGCUCCCCGUGUUGGAUGAGCUGCUGCUCCACCACCCAGAGCAUAUCAAGGGGCUUAUCCUAAAGGGUGACAUCCUCAUGAACCACAAGAAAGACACUCGUGGUGCCAAAGUCUGCUUCGAGCGCAUUUUACGCAUGGACCCCACCAACGUGCAAGGCAAGCACAAUUUGUGCGUGGUCUACUUCGAGGAGCGCGACCUGCCGCGGGCCGAGCGCUGCCUCGAGGAGACCUUGGCCCUGGCGCCGCACGAGGAGUACGUGCGCCGUCACUUGAAUAUCGUGCAAAGCAAAAUGGCUGCGAUGAGUGCGGCGGGGCAACCGCUCACUUCAGCAGAGGGAGCCACCACCACCACGUCAGCUAAGAAGGAAAAGCGUAAGAGAGUAAAGGAAGGGGCGGUGGAGGAGGAGGUGGUUGUUGCUACUGCUGAGGGUGAGGAGGAAGGGAGCGGUGCCGCUGAUGCUGUUGCUGUUGGAAGGGGGGCUGGGGAGGAGAAGAAUGUGCGGAAAUCCUCUGCAGAAAGCCUCGGAGGUUCGGGCGUGGACCAAUCAGAGUCGUUGGACAGUAGCCAGUCUGACAAGCGGACUAAGGAAUGAUUGUAUCAUGGACAAUUAAAGGAAAUGACGUGUCCCUCAGAUUUCCUCAAGGCAGGAUGAUAUCUGCAGAGCUCGAGCCUCAAAAUAACCCAAACCACACAGAGAGAGAAAAAUAUCCCUCCACACUACAUCUCAACGCCAGGAUUAUGUUCCAAAGCAGAUCUUUAUUGAUCUCGCUCUGCACUUCCUGUGACUACAUCAUCAGCCCUCAGCUGCUUUCACCUCACAAUUUCAUUGUGAUCCCAUCUAAAGACUAUUAUCUCACUCCCUUUGUCACAUUACGCCCUCGAUUCCCCUCGUCUAUCCCUCAUCCUUUAGACGCUACGGCUUCAUUACACGACUGUUUUUCCUGUUUAUUUUCUUGAUAAAUUUGUCCCGCACACAUCAUUGUAGUCCGGGACAACACCCAUUUUUUUUAUGUGACGGUCAACGAUGACGCACGUUCAUCCUCUGCAUCAGGCUUCAUCAUGUUGUCUUCAUUUUCCCAAAGUUCCUUCCACUUCACAGGGAGAAUUUUUCACAGCCCAUUUUCAGAAAACAGUUCUCCUCCUUUAUCGUGCUCCACAGUAUGUUACCAGCACAAAAAAAUAUCAUCGGGGGAGGUUUCCCACAUUUAUUUCCUAGUAGCCUUUGUGUUUCACUUUUCUUCAGCAUUCACAAGCUAUGAUUUCUCUCUCUGUAGUUACUACCAACAUAUACAACUCCUUUGGGCAUGUACACUAAUUAUAACUUGGAAGAAAGAAAAGACACAGAAACGCUCCUGUAUCCUCAGGCCUUUCCCUUCGCAGACACUACAGCGCUGUAAAAA